GCUUGGAGUGCCACGAUCAACUUUUUUCUUAUUUCUGCCAGUUCUGCCACGGGCAUAACUGCUUCAAAAUAGUUCUGCCCUGGACCACAACACCGCUGCUGCGAGUGCAAUCUAGAUUUCCUUUUUCCUCAGCCUGCUCAGGCUGUAGCAACUGUCAACUAUCUGCAACCGGAAUCUCAUCGGCUUGAGCCUUCCCGUCUUGUUGGUGCAACGCAUGAGUACUUGGCUGGCUUUUCGGAGGUGAUGAUGUAGGAGAUGGAGGUUGCUUGGUGAUGCCGUCGGCGUGAGUGAGUUGGCGAAUAUAUGGCGUUCCUCGGAUGUGAAUAUUACAGAUAGUCCAACAGGUAGGGACGGGUGGUUUCGUCUACGCCGGGGCAAAUGGGGCAGUGCGGUGUUCGCCUUUUCCCCUUAUCCUGUUGGCUCCGCAUUAGUAUCUAUAGGAUGUGAGUGCUCUCGUAGCCUGACCUUAUCACACCCAUUAGAUGGCGUCCCACCCGACAUAUGAAGCGCAUGGACAACCCUAUGUGGACGAAAACACGUCGAUGACCGCCGAGAAGCAAGAUUCGAAAGGUGCUAAAGAUGUUUUCGGUGAAGAUGGUAUCCAUCAGAUUCAAUACAAGACACUCAGCUGGCAGGCUGUCAGCCUCCUUAUGAUAGCUGAAAUCGUCAGCAAUGGUAUCCUGUCUCUUCCAAGCGCACUAGCAGUCGUUGGCAUUGUGCCCGCUGUCAUUCUAAUCGUGUUUCUCGGUAUUUUUGGCCUGUACACCGCCAAGUUGCUCAUCGACUUCAAGCUGAAUCAUCCUAAUGUGCAUACUAUGGGCGACGCUGGAUACAUUAUGUUCGGACCUGUGGCUCGGGAAGUGCUUGCCUUCGGAACUGUUUCUUUCGCUGUGUUUGGUUCGGGCUCUGGACUACUUUCCAGCCAGCAGGCGCUGUCAACGCUUUCGAAUCAGGGCAUGUGUAGUAUGUAUCUGGUCAUCAUUACUGGCACCGUUGCUUUCUUGAUUUCACUACCACGGACACUGGAUCGCUUGGCAUGGAUGGGUGUUCUUAGUGCAGCAGUCAUUGCCGUAGCUGGUUUCGUUGCAAUGAUUGGAGCAGGGGUGAACCCAGUUCCCGGACGGUCUUUGACAGUAGCUGCCUCCAGUAACUUUUUCGAUGCUUUCUUGGCUGUCACAAAUCCUGUUUUUGCAUAUGCAGGACACUUCAUGUUCUUUAUUUUGAUAUCUGAGAUGCGUAAACCCGAGGACGCUAUAAAGGCAGCAUGGUGUCUACAGGGCUUCGCUACAGUAUUCUAUGUUGUUUUCAGCGUAGUCAUGUAUGUCUACAUUGGAAACACAGUCCAGUCCCCGGUCCUCUUUUCUCUUCCUCCGGUAUGGGCAAAGGCAGCGUUUGCCAUUGCUCUCCCAAAUUUCCUGUUCUCUUCCGGGCUAUACACUCAUACAGCUACAAAGCUGGUGUUUGUUCGCAUAUUUCGUCAUUCAGAGCACGUCCAUUCGCAUACCUUACUCGGGUGGACGGUUUGGACUCUGCUGUGUUUUGCAGGCUCAGCUAUGGCUGCGAUUCUCGCCAUCGCAGUCCCGAUAUUUUCCUACCUAAUUGGCAUCGCGGCAGCCCUCUUUGCCGCAUGGUACACGUACGGUUUGGCCGGAUUCUUCUGGUUGCAUGACGCAUAUCAUCUCGAGGGUGGCAUGGACGGGCUCAAACGACGACCGAUCGGGACUACACUCGCAGUAUUGACUAUUAUUUCCGGCACUUUCAUCUGUGUCGCUGGGACUUAUGUAUCGAUAAAGCUCAUCGCUGAAGCCUAUGCCAAUGGCCAAGUUGGGAGACCGUUCGUUUGCUAG